AUGAAUGCUGAUGCUCCUAUGGAAGUGGACGAAUCGUCAGCUAUUCAAGAAAUAGAGAUAACAAUUAAAGACAUAUCAUCUAUCACUUAUAUUCGACUAUCUAACUCUAUUCCCAAGUAUGCAAGUUCAAACAGAGAAGAGUGGAGUGCUAAAGAAGAGCAAGAAGCCCUCAGGAGAAGUGGAGAAUAUACAAGUGUUCAAUCUCAUGACUUCAAGAUUGAGACACAGCUUCGAAAACUCAAAAGAUUGGUAUUGGACAGGAAUCUAGAAGUGGAUCGAAUCAAUAAAAGAAGGAAUCAGUACGACGAGAUAGUCAAGGUUCAAAGGACCAGAAAACUAGAAGGGCGAAAAAUCAAGCAGCGUAGGUGGGAGGAAGCCCAAUCGAAGCAGGAAUUUCUGGAUUCUUUAGAAAUGGGCAAAUAUAAGAAAGAUUAG